AUUUUGAAAGCACCGGAAGUGGGUGUGCUGCUCUCCCCGCUGGUCUCCAUAAGAGCUCCUCUGUAGCUCCGUGGCUCUGAGGCAGCAGCUUGUUUCCUUCACCGCCCCGCCGGGUUCGCACUCGUCGCCACUGAUCAAUCGGUCAUUUCAGCGGCUCACCAGACGGUCUUGAGGUUACAGAUGGACCAGCAGGACCAGUCCUAUAUGUUUGCCAGUCUGAAGCGGCCUCACUCCGAGCAGUUGCUGCAAGGCCUCCAGCUCUUGCGGCAGGAUCACGAACUAUGUGACAUUGUCCUACGUGUGGGUGAUGCCAAGAUCCAUGCCCACAAAGUAGUGCUGGCCAGCAUCAGCCCAUACUUCAAGGCCAUGUUCACGGGUAACUUGUCGGAAAAAGAGACCUCUGAAGUGGAAUUCCAGUGCAUCGAUGAAACGGCCUUGCAGGCCAUUGUUGAGUAUGCCUACACCGGCACAGUGUUUAUCUCCCAGGAGACGGUGGAGUCGCUGCUACCGGCUGCCGACUUACUCCAGGUUAAGCUAGUACUUAAAGAGUGCUGCUCCUUCUUAGAGAGCCAGCUGGAUGCUGGGAACUGUAUAGGCAUCUCCCGCUUUGCAGAGACAUACGGCUGUCAUGACCUGUGCCUAGCCGCAACUAAGUUCAUCUGUGAGAACUUUGAGGAAGUUUGUCUUACGGAGGAGUUUUUUGAACUGACGAGGGCGGAGUUGGAUGAAAUUGUGUCCAAUGACUGCCUUAAGGUGGUCACAGAGGAGACUGUAUUUUACGCCCUGGAAUCAUGGAUCAAAUAUGAUGUGACUGAGCGACAGCAGCAUCUGGCUCAGCUGCUGCACUGUGUUCGCCUUCCUCUACUCAGCGUCAAGUUUCUCACUCGCCUAUAUGAAGCCAACCACCUUAUACGAGAUGACCAUGCAUGCAAGCACCUGCUUAAUGAGGCCCUCAAAUAUCAUUUUAUGCCUGAGCACCGGCUCUCCUAUCAGACUGUGUUGUCGGCACGGCCACGGUGUGCCCCCAAGGUGCUGCUUGCAGUGGGAGGCAAGGCUGGACUGUUUGCAACAUUAGAAAGCAUAGAAAUGUAUUUCCCUCGGACAGAUUCGUGGAUAGGACUGGCCCCUCUCAGUGUACCCCGAUAUGAAUUUGGAGUGGCAGUGCUGAACCACAAGGUGUACGUGGUGGGAGGCAUCGCCACACACAUGAGACAAGGCAUUAGCUAUCGGAGACACGAGAGCACAGUGGAGAGCUGGGACCCCGAGAGCAACACCUGGUCCUCGGUGGAGCGCAUGGCCGAGUGCCGCAGCACGCUCGGGGUGGUGGUCUUGGCAGGCGAGCUGUAUGCCCUCGGAGGCUAUGACGGCCAGUAUUACCUCCAGUCGGUGGAGAAAUAUGUCCCCAAGUUGAAGGAGUGGCAGCCUGUGGCUCCCAUGACCAAGUCCCGCAGCUGCUUCGCCACCGCUGUGCUGGAUGGUAUGGUGUACGCUAUUGGAGGCUACGGCCCGGCCCACAUGAACAGCGUGGAGCGGUACGACCCGAGCAAGGACGCCUGGGAAAUGGUAGCCCCCAUGGCAGAUAAAAGGAUCAACUUCGGAGUCGGUGUCAUGCUCGGCUUCAUAUUUGUGGUGGGCGGACACAACGGGGUGUCGCACCUGUCAAGUAUCGAGAGGUAUGAUCCACAUCAGAACCAGUGGACAGCCUGUCGGCCAAUGAAUGAACCUCGCACUGGUGUGGGCUCUGCCAUCGUUGACAACUACCUCUAUGUGGUGGGAGGUCACUCUGGAUCAUCCUACCUGAACACUGUCCAGCGCUAUGACCCCAUCUCAGACAGCUGGUUGGACUCGAGCGGCAUGAUGUAUUGCCGGUGCAACUUUGGCCUGACUGCCCUUUGACCCAUGGCCCAGCCAGCUAGGACCCAUUAAGAGAACUUGGACACAAAGACGUUUCUUUUUUGUUGUCCCCUGCUCCUCCUCACCCACAUUCAUCCUCCCAGGUGCAGAGGAGCGCUGCACGCCAACGUGAACACCAGAGGAGAGGGAGAUGGAUGCUGGGUGGAUGGAUGUGCCGGGCUAGCUGGCUGGCUAGAGGGGGACCACAAACAUGGCUGCAGAGAUGAGAGUGGUUGGGACAGCUGUUGGCACGGCCGCUCUACUGCUGCUGGACCACAAUGAGGACUCCGAGCCAUUUCCCAGAGGACUGUGGGAGAAAACCCGUCACUUUUGUUUCAAAGAUUCUGUUACGUUAGCAGACAUUUUUUUGUUUUCCUUCAUGCAUUAAUUGUGUUAAACACUCAAAUCCUUUUUUAAAUUUUUUUUAUAAUUUCCCUGCUGCAACUGGAACCAUGUGUUCAUAUUUUGUAGAAACUGCAGUUUGCUGGUUUAUCUGUAUGAAUAUGUGGUUGUUGGCCGUGUGUCUGUGUAAAUGUCUUUCUGCACUGGGUCAUGCGUGUGUGUGUCCCUGUCCGGUCAAUGUAGAGGUGACAAACUCUCCCGAGAGUGACUGUCACUAGUUUCUGCUUCAUUCUUAGACAUUUUAAAAUCCCCAUGUUCGUGCGUCAGUUACAUCUUCCGAAGGUCGGGGUCAUGCACUUGCUCUUCACAAUAGUUGAAAUUGAUCUUGGCCCUCUUUUCACCCUUUGGUCUGUAAACAAUACCAACUGGUGCUAUAUUUAGGAUUCAGCUGUUUGUCUGUGUUGCCUCACCAAUUAGGUCAACCUCUGUUCAGCCUCUGCUCCAUUACUGCGUAAGAUCGUCGUUAUUUGAUUUAAGCACAUGUAAUUGCGUGAAGGUUAUUGGCCAACCAUGCAAUAAAACUGAAAGGGAAGCCUGUGGUUGGAAAAACCACAAACUUCUAUCCUCCAUAAAUAUCUAAAGUCUAAUCUAACUAACUAGUCUAUCUAAAUCUAAUUUUUUUUUUUUUUUUUAUAUAUAUAAAUUUAGCCCAGUAAGCGAUUUCCAGACUCUCAUUCCUGUUGCUGGAUAUGACCAUGCUUUGUAAUUGUCUCAAAUCCUGUUCCCGUUGGCCUGUCACACUCUUGGCUAUGAACAAUACUUUUUUCUCUCUGUGAUUGGGGCUGACAUCUGAUAUCAAACAUGUGAUCCUGGUGUAGUCACCAUCUUGCUUGCAAGCUCAGGCUGGAGGUAAUCUCUUCACCGCUUCAUUUGAGGUGCCAAAACAUUACUUUUGUGCAUCUUUCCCACCUCCCAGUGCUGGAAAUGGCUUUAUUUAUUUAUUGUCCUUUUGAGUGCCACAGUUGAAAACCUUUUCUUCUCGUCCUCUAUUGCUAAUGUAUUGUCAUGCCAUUCUUCCAUCUCAUUUAGAGAUGAACGAUGAAGCACCAAUGGCUCUGACAGCCAACUCGAGCCAUGUUCCCACUGUCACGAGUCCUGUGUCCUGGGAGGGAGACCAGAGUGUUCCCCUGGCUGUGUUUGACUCCAUGCUGGCUGAGGGUCACUGCAGCCUUGGGUCUGGCUAGCAGACGGGUGAAGCAAUGCACCGCACUAGAGGGCACUGGUCUAUGAAAGGCUAGGUGGGGUUUGUCUUGUUUAGUCACUUAACGGUCAAGUCUAGUUUGAGUUGCUUUGUGCGCUGAUGUUUGCACACAAGUGGAAACUUUAAACCACGCUCUUCAUUGCACUUACAAGCUAUUUGUACAUGUUUUAAUUUAGGAUGAUGGCAUUUAGAUAAUGCAAUAAGACUUCUGGUGUGUGUGAAAAGCCAAGGUAUCUCGUAUUGCUCUAACGGAACCACCAUGGCAUGUCUGUUGCUUCACGCUGUUGGCUGGUGACGUGGACGUCUGAUGAAACAUCACGUCACCGUUGACUUUGCCUCAUGUCUUGUGUUGUCAUUUUGUUGUGCAUGCUGGUUAAUUUGUACAAGGCAUAUGUUUGAGGUAGAUUUCAGAUGGAUUGCUAACAAUUAUUGCAUUAAUUUAGUUAAUGGCCAAACACCAAUGUAAACAGCACUUGUUUUUUUUUUAUACAGCUAUUUUCACCACGUAUACAAGUCUCAAGAUAGACGAGACGUUCUCUUCCGCUUGUACUCUAAACUGUGUUUUUGAAACAUUGGGGAAACCAUUACUAUAGACAAGGACUUACAUUACAUUUGAUUUGUUGCAGAUUCUUUGCGUCACCAUAUAGACUACUUACCUUUUAUGAUUUCUAGUUUAUUUAGAAAGAGUAAUGCAAAAGUUGAGACUUGUAUUUAUAAUUUGUAUCGUUUGUCCUGUAACCUGAUUUUUGUUUGAUCUAGUACAAUAGACAUAAUUAGCAAUCACUUAGUAGCCACAGCACAAAUCACGCCGGCGUAAUUAUGUGCUGCAGCCAUGAUUCACCUAGCAUCUAUGUUCUGUACAGUGAUGAUUUCCAAGGUGUAUAUUCACUACGUCUUUAAUGAAUUUUGGAGUGACGCUGAUUAAAAUCUGCAAAUGUGAAUCUGCAAAAAGAAGGGAUGUUAAAAUUGUAUGGAUUUACUUCUUUAAGGCCUAACCAAUGCCAUGUUUUUGCCACCACUCUCACCAAAGUGCUUGUUCAAAGAAAGCCAAAGGAUGACUAACACCUGGUCUGCAAUGGACUGGCACUGUAUUGUUUGUCUGAAAGAGAAAUCCUUUGAAACCGAUGUCAAUGUUAGCCAAAUGACCACUCUGCUUCGUUUACAUGUCCCAUUGUGUGUCUGGAGUAAGGUGGUGAUCUUGAAUUUUAUAUCCUGUGGAUUAAUACUGGAAGUACAAGAUAACCAUAGGUGUAGAAAUGGUAGCUUUUCACAUUUGAUCCUGUUUUGAUUGAAGACAUUUUACAUUUUAGUCAGUUUGUGUGGUGCAGUUGUACCCAGUUUAAAAUAAAUGCCUGCCUUUAAAAGGUA